ACACGGAAUCAAAGUAAAGCUAGCCACAAAGUAAAGUUACUAAUUUGCAAUUUCUCCUAAAAGAAUUUAUCGCUCAAUCGGCAACAAGUGUGAAAUGGGGACUACAUUUGAAGAUUCGAAUUUGACGAGUGACCCGAAAUAAAAUAAUAAUAAAUAAAGACUUCUAUUGUCAUCGCUUAAUUAUCCAAGGAGCUUCCCCGCCGGCCCUUUCCUUCCCUAACCCUAACCCUAACCCUGUCAAUGGAUUCGGGCGCGCAACGGGUUUCUGCCGAGCUACCUCCUCUCCUUCGUGUCUACGAAGAUGGCCUUGUCGAGCGGCUUGUGGGUUCAGGGUUCGUUCCCGCAACCUUGAACGACCCUCAGACUGGUGUCUCAUCUAAAGACGUACUCAUCUCACCAGAAUCUGCUGUUUCUGCUCGACUUUACCUCCCCAAACUCACCUGCAAUCGUCGAAAGCUCCCUAUCCUCGUUUAUUUCCGCGGUGGCGCCUUCUGCAUCGAAUCCGCCUUCUCUUUCCUGGAUCAUCGUUAUCUCAAUAUCUUAGUUAACGAAGCCAAUGUUGUUGCCGUGUUUGUCGAAUACAGGAGAGCCCCGGAGCACUUACUGCCCGUUGCCUACGAUGAUUGCUGGGCGGCACUCGAGUGGGUUUCAUCCCAUUCUGUGGGGCGAGGUGCCAACUACGAGCCGUGGUUGACUGACUACGCCGACUUCGACCGAAUCUUUUUGGGUGGCGACAGCGCAGGAGGAAACAUCGUCCACAACGUAGCCAUGCGUGCUCGUGCCCAGUCCUUGCCUCACAACGUAAGAGUUCGGGGGGCUCUCCCCAUCCCUGUAUCCACUAACAGGGAAAAGGGUGCUUUGCAAGAGAGGAGCUUUGGAAUCUCAAAUACUGAACUCAGAUUUCAUUCAGGAUGAGGCACCUCAUAGCUAUCAUCAAUGCAGAGCGAGGAAUUUUUUUUUGAGGGGUGUUAAAUAAGAAAAUUAAAUAAGGAGGUAGGGUGGGAAGGUACGAAAGACCCACCAUUUUAUUACGUUUUUAAGAGUCCGAAUCUAUAAUACUAUGUAGAGGGUGAGAUGUUCUCCAUGUAUGACUAUAAUAAUUGUGGGCAUAAUUGUGGGCAGAGUUCUCGUGGGUAGGAGAUCCGGACUCCUGGCUAUCAUGCUCAUCAGAUAAAAGCUAGGAACUUUAUCAGGAACAUUUGAAGU